GGAAGAAGAAAACAUCAACAAGAUAUGCGAAACUAAGCCGACUGUCACUUUGAAUCGAUGUCUUCAGUCAGAGGGAUGGGGGUCCUCCCAGGGAGUCGCGUUUUACGUUUACUUCUCUUCAUUAUACUGCUGUCAGAGCGACAUUUUCGAUGGGUCGAGGCCCAGCACUGUGUGUGGCAUGGCGAGUGUGGGGAGUCUGCAAAGGUGCCCGGAAAAAAGUACAACUGCAAAUACAAUGGUCCUCCCAUCUCGCUCCAGCCUGAGGGUUACGAACUUCUCACGGAGCUUUGUCCUGGAUAUGACUAUGGAAACCGAAGCCUUUGCUGCGAUGCUGACCAGUUGCGCACUCUCAAAGGGAGUCUCCAGCUGCCCCUUCAGUUCCUGUCUCGGUGUCCCGCCUGUUUCUUCAAUCUGAUGAACCUCUUCUGUGAGCUGACGUGCAGCCCCCACCAGAGUCAGUUCAUGAAUGCCACCAAGGUCGACGAUCAAAACGUACUGGAAGUGCAGUACUAUAUUGGACAGACAUUCUCUAAUGCCAUGUACAAUGCCUGUAGGGACGUCGAGGCACCAUCCAGCAACGUGAAGGCCUUAUCGCUGCUUUGUGGGAAGGAUGCAAAGGACUGCAAUGCUACUAACUGGAUCCAGUACAUGUUCAACAUUGAGAAUGGACAGACGCCCUUUCCUAUCAUUCCGAUAUUCUCAGAUGUCCCUGUGUCUGGUUACACUCCCAUGAACAACAAGACGUACGCUUGCACAGAGGCCCUGGAAGACGGUUCGGGUCCCUGCUCCUGUCAGGACUGCACAAAGGCCUGUGGCCCCAAACCUGUCCCUCCUCCUCUCCCUCCUCCCUGGACUAUCCUCGGCAUCGAUGCAAUGACUGUCAUCAUGUGGAUCUCUUACACGGCCUUCCUGCUCAUCUUUAUUGGAGCUGUACUGGGAUCUUGGUGUUACAGGAAAAGGACCAUCAUGUCUGAGUAUGGCCCCAUACUGGACAGCAAUAAUCCACUGUCUCUUAACAGUGAUAACCCCGAUCAAGUAAACGCAUCAUGCUGUGAAACACUGGGUGAGCGCUUCGAGAAUGUUCUGCGGCUCGUCUUUAGCUCCUGGGGUUCUUUCUGUGUGCGGCAUCCCUCUGUGGUCCUGCUGGGCAGUCUGAUCCUGGUGGUCGCCUCCUCCGGGGGCCUGGUCUAUAUGCGCAUCACCACAGACCCCGUUGAGCUGUGGUCGGCUCCCACCAGCCAGGCUCGUCAAGAGAAGGACUACUUUGACAGCCACUUCGGACCCUUCUUCAGAACUGUGCAGCUGAUUAUAACCAGUCCACUCCAAAUCAAUUUCACAUAUUCCCCAUACUUUGGAGGAUCAGAUGUUCCAUUUGGAGCUGUCCUGGACAAAGACAUUCUACACCAGGUGCUGGAUCUGCAGCUCGACAUCGAAGGACUUGUAGCCACAUACGAGGGCCAAAACGUCACCCUGAAGGAUCUCUGCUUGGCUCCGCUGGCCCCGUACAAUAACAACUGUACCAUCCUGAGUGUCCUCAACUACUUCCAGAACAGCCACACUGUGCUGGACCACAUCAUGGAAGACGAGUUCUUUGUCUAUGCUGACUUUCACAGCCACUUCCUCUACUGUGUCAGUGCGCCAGCAUCCCUCAAUGACACCACUCUCCUCCAUGACCCCUGUUUAGGCACUUUUGGUGGCCCCGUCUUCCCUUGGCUGGCCCUGGGAGGUUACGACGAAACCAACUACAACAAUGCCACUGCUCUAGUGAUCACCUUUCCACUCAACAACUACCUGAAUGACACAGUCAAGCUGGACAAAGCUCUGGCAUGGGAGAAAGAAUUCAUCAGUUUCAUGAAGAACUACAAAAACCCCAACCUGACCAUAGCCUUUAGUGCAGAGAGGAGUAUUGAAGAUGAAUUGGACAGAGAGAGCAACAGUGACAUCAGCACCAUAGUAAUCAGCUAUGCCAUUAUGUUCAUCUAUAUCUCCCUGGCCCUGGGUCACAUACAGAGCUUCAGGAGAGUGAUGGUGGACUCUAAGAUCUCGCUGGGUAUAGCAGGUAUCCUAAUUGUGCUCAGCUCUGUGGCCUCCUCACUGGGGAUCUUCAGCUAUUUUGGUAUCCCCCUCACCCUUAUUGUGAUCGAAGUCAUUCCUUUCUUGGUGCUGGCUGUUGGAGUGGACAACAUCUUUAUUAUAGUACAGACAUAUCAGAGGGAUGAGCGGAUGCCCCAAGAGGAACUUCACCAACAGAUUGGUCGUAUUCUUGGAGAUGUAGCCCCGAGCAUGUUUCUCUCCUCUUUCUCCGAGACGGUGGCCUUUUUCUUGGGAGCGCUGUCCAACAUGCCUGCUGUGAGGACAUUCUCUCUGUUUGCUGGCUUGGCAGUUUUUAUUGAUUUCCUGUUGCAGAUCAGCUGCUUUGUCAGCUUGCUAGGCCUGGACGCCAAAAGACAGGAGGGGAAUCGACUUGACAUCAUUUGCUGUGUAAAGCUGCCAGAAGGUCAGGAAGCAAACACAGAGAGCUUCCUCUUCCGUUUUUUCAAGAAAGUAUAUGCACCAUUCGUCCUCAAGGAGUGGGUGCGACCGAUCAUAGUGGCAGUGUUUGUGGGAAUGCUCUCCUUCAGUAUUGCUGUGGUGAAUAAAGUAGAGAUUGGACUGGACCAAAAACUCUCCAUGCCUGAUGACUCGUAUGUGCUGGACUACUUUAAGAACUUGACCGAGUAUCUCCACACUGGAGCUCCAGUGUACUUUGUGGUAGAGGACGGUCUCAACUACAGUAGUCCAGAGGGCCAGAAUGUUGUGUGUGGAGGAGUGGGCUGUAACAACAACUCUCUAGUCCAGCAGGUCUAUGCCGCCUCACUCAUCAGCAACUACACAACCAUUGCCUUCACCCCAUCCUCUUGGCUUGAUGACUACUUUGACUGGGUGAAGCCUCAGUCCACCUGCUGUCGAUACUACAACAACACUGGAGCCUUCUGCAAUGCCUCGGUGGUAAAUUCCUCCUGUGUUCACUGCCGGCCCAUGACUCCCAGUGGAAAGCAGAGGCCAGAAGGACACGACUUCAUGCAGUUUCUACCCAUGUUUCUGUCAGACAAUCCCAAUGUCAAGUGUGGAAAAGGCGGCCACGCAGCCUAUGCCACAGCAGUUGACCUUCAUCCCAACAACACAGGGGUCGGAGCCACUUACUUUAUGACUUACCACACCAUCCUGAAAGAAUCUCCAGACUUCAUAGACGCCUUAAAAAUGGCCCGAAACCUAGCUGAAAAUAUCAGUCAGUCCAUGGACCACAAAGUUUUUGCCUACAGUGUCUUCUAUGUGUUUUACGAGCAGUACCUCACCAUAGCGUAUGACACAGCUCUGAACCUGAGUGUGUCACUGGCGUCCAUAUUUGUGGUGACGACUGUGCUUUUGGGCUUCGAGCUGUGGUCAGCUCUGAUUGUCAGUCUUACCAUCGCCAUGAUCCUGGUCAACAUGUUUGGCGUCAUGUGGCUGUGGAACAUCAGCCUCAACGCAGUAUCCCUGGUGAACCUAGUCAUGUGCUGUGGUAUCUCGGUGGAGUUCUGCAGCCACAUUGUGCGAGCGUUUUCCAUCAGUGUGAAGAAAAACAGAGUGGAGCGGGCUGAGGAGGCCCUGGCUCACAUGGGCAGCUCCGUUUUUAGUGGGAUCACAUUAACAAAGUUUGGAGGCAUUCUGAUCCUGGCACUUUCCAAGUCCCAGAUCUUCCAGGUCUUCUACUUUAGGAUGUACUUGGCCAUAGUGUUGCUGGGAGCAACGCACGGCCUCAUCUUCCUCCCUGUGCUGCUUAGUUAUAUCGGUCCUUCAGUGAACAAAGCAAAGGUGUUUGCUGCUAACCAGCGCUGUGUUGGUACAGAAAGGGAGCGCCUCCUCAACUACUAGCGGGCCGUAUGGGACAAUGAACAAUGAGCUAACUAUUUGUCUGGGAGGGACUGUGGGCGUGAGCGCAAGCCAUUUCUGUGAUUACUGACCCACUCAUCAUCGCUGCCACUACUAUGCACGGAUUUAACUCAGGAAUAUACUUGGGAAAAGGUGUGCCAGAGGCCUUGUCCAAUUGCAUACUUAUUGAUUUUCCUCAGAAGACUUUGGACCUACCCCCUCCCCACCUCCCCACCUCACACCUGACACCUCACACUACAGGACAAGCCUGACUUCAGUGUGUGAAGCAUAAGCGACAUACCGCUGAACAAAAACACCACUUUGACAGUGUGCAAGUAGGAGAGAGACCACCCCCAACCUCAGUUGACAGACUCAGUUCCAUAUGCUAUGAGCUAUUUUGAUUUGGGAAAACUCAAAAGGGUAAAUCUGGUUAGGUUUUUCAUGUUUUUUAAAUGUAUACCAGGAAAAAAACGUUUACUUACUUACAUGGGACUUUUGUAGAACUACUUGAUAUUAUGAAUCAUUUAUUGACUGGCACAAUGCACAUACUAGAGCUAACAGAUAACAAUAAUGAUAGGCCCUCAUAUUACCUGGGAUUAACAUGUAUCACAUCCAUAGCUGUGUCUAAAUACUGUGAUUUAUAUUACAGGCCAGCUAGUUGUAGCAUUUAUUUUUUUUUACAUAGCAAUAAUGUGCAGCUUUUAAGUAUAAUGUUUUGACUCCAGGAAACAAGACUUGAAAUGAACUUGGAGCUUUAAAAGUUUUUGGGCAUGUUCACAUGCACGUCGGGGGAGCAGUGAAUUGUAAUUGUAAACCCCUUUACUUAAAAAAGGCUACAAGUUUCUACAUGGAUGUAGACGUAAAAGCUCCUUCAAAGCUGACACCUCACAGCCAUUUAGAAGUGAGAGAACUGGAAUACAGAACAACAGAACAUACAAAACAGUCCAAGUACUGCAUCAUAGCAGAAACAUCUCUGCUGAGACAUCAGUCAAGAUACAUGUUGAUUCCAGGUGUAAAGGGUGCUAUAAUGCUAAUAAUGGUUUUACAUUGAAGUGUAAAUUAGACACUGCAGUUACUGAACAAAACAUUUGUUGCAUCAAGAAGUGAAGAGAGAAGCUUUACUUCUACUUUAUUUGACUGUAAAUAGCGUACACAAGACUAAUUUAGAUUGAUUCUUUAGUCAUCUAGAGUAUGUUGAUACUGAAUACUGUUGAAUGAUUAGAGAAUGGUAAGAGUUUUUCAUUCCUACACAUUUAAGUUAUUUUUUUUUUUUUAACUAUUAACACUUUCUUACCAUUUAUUGCUGUCUUAUAAAACCCUUCUAAUUCGUCCAAAGGAAUCACUUUGUUUUAAAAGAUAAACAACAACUUUUUCUGUAGCAAAUUAAACUGUAUAUCCCAGGACAAUACAGUCCAGGCGAUGCAAGUGAAUACGCACUUGCAUCGCCUGCUCUUCAACAUGUCUGAGGUCAGAACUAGUCGAGACUCAAGGUGGUGCGCUCCCACUAGUUUAAUCUGGAUAUGGUUGUCCCAAAUUGAUGGUGACAUCACUGGAAGAGGAUGUUAACAUUUUACCCAAGGUAAAGGGUUUUUUGGGGUUUUUUUUUUUAAGGAACAGUACCAUUGUUUUUGAUUUUCAAGUUAAUUUUUUCCACAUUGCAGUGAUGUUUUUUUUAAUGUAAAAAUGAAUUGUGUCGAUAAAAAGUUGAAAACCGGGGAAAUGUUUGUGAGCAACCAACUGAAAAAGUUGGAAUAACAAAGAAUUGUGCUUGUUAACAGUGCUGUGCAUUGACAUUGACAAAUCAUCUCUGACACUGAAGAAUAUGAUCUCGGUAAAAGAGACUGAACCAAACAUUUUAUGUAUUUUAACACAUUAAAUAGUUAUCAUAAAAGUA